CCACUUCAAUAUCGACUCAUCGAUCGACAUCAACCAUGUUGCUCACCAUGGACGACGUGAAGGAGAACCUCGACUUCUCGAACAUGAAGAACAAGAAGCCGACACCUUUCGACUGGCUCCUCGCCAUCACACCCAUCGCCUUGGAGAAGCUUCACCUCCAAGAAAAACACGAAAGGCUCGCCCAAGAGAGCAAACUAAAAAGACCCAUAAUCGUCCCACCACCACCACCAACAACAACAGCCCUAGGACAUCAUGAUGAUGAUCAAGAAACGACACCGUCGAAGAAGAGGAAACGUAACAUUAUGUUCGACGGUAGUAGUACUAGAGAGAAGAAGGCGAAUGUCAUGAGGAACAGGAUGAGGAGGAGGAUCGACAGAGACUACUUCGUCGACGAUCCUCGGCUCGAGCAGGCCACGAUCCCCGAGAGGUUCCGCCACCACAUAGAGACGAGGCUAAACGGGAGGGACAUUAAGUUGAUAGUGCAGAAGCGGCUUUACGCUAGCGACCUGGACCCCAACGAAGGGCGGCUGUCCAUCCCGGUGAAGAAGACGAUGUGCGGAGGACUGCUGCUGACGAGGGACGAGGAGGAGUGGCUGAGGGACCGGGGGCACGACGGAAAGAAGGCGGUGCCAGGGAUGGAGCUGAAGCUGGUGGUGGACGGCCCUGAGGUGGGAGAAGGGAGGAUUGUGUUCAAGCUGUGGGCGAUGAAGAAGAAGAACGGGAGGGCGAGUUAUAUGUACGUGCUGGCGCGGUACUGGAACGACGUCGUUAAGGCGCAUAGGCUUGGUGAGAGGGAAGUGGUUCAAGUGUGGGGGUUUAGAAUGGGAGAAGGCGAGUUAGGGCUUGCUUUGGUUAGGCUCGGUAAGGAAUAUGGUGGUGACUAGCUAGUAAUGACGAUGAUGGUGCGGUUUAAUUUUGAGUAGUUCAUUCAUAUUGGAGUGUAUGCUAAAUGCAACAGGGAUGAUGACACAUGAAGUUUGAAUUUGAUACAAUUUGAAACAAAUCUAUUACCAUUUCAGAACAAGGAGAAAAGCUGACCUAACACCAAAUAUAAAGAACACAUCACUUUCCCUUUGGUUAAAAGUCUACUUGUCAUUCCCAUGUCUCCUAAAGUUGGUCAUGAACCAGGGAGCCAAAGCAUCGACUUGAACAAAGACAAUCUUAGGGAGCACUAACAACGGGUUGAACAAAGACUUGUGAUAAUGAACCCGCCAUCGGCUCAACCUUCCAUGUCUCUGUUACAAUAAGAAGCAACACAGGGAAGUUCCAACUCCUUGAUAAGAAAAAUGGUAAACCCUAAACUACAGAUGCACAAAACAAGGGGUGUCCUCAAUCGAUAACUCGAUACCAUAAGCAUCAAACAGUGGUUUUAAGGACAUCUUAAAUUCAACCCCCUCCUUCUCCUCAUUAGCUAAAUCGUUAGAGCAAAAGCUGCUGAAACUUGAUGAAAGCCUCUCUCUAGUUUCUACUACGUUCCUAACCAAAAUCACGGCCAUCCUGUUUCCACCAGUAACUAAGAAUAACAGAAGGACAAUGGG